CACAGCCGAAACGAAAUAAAGUAGAUACGUUUGGCACAGUUACAAGUUGGUGACGUUCUGCGUUGCAUAGUGAUUAUUAUCUCAUAGCAUUAAUACCGUUGGCAAACAUCGUAAAUUCUGAGUAAAUACAAGAGCUUUAUAAAAUGAUGAAUAAAGUUCAUAAAAUCAACGAUCUUGGGGGUCCACUGAAGGAAUACUUAGGUCCUCGUCGAGAAUUGAUUGAUUACGAAACUAAGUAUCUUACAAGUGUUGGAGAGAAUUACGGAAGCUUGAUGUUAGCGGUGAUUUUAAAAAUAAAAAACAAAGAAACAAAUGCAGAAGAACACGUAAAUGUAAUUGCCAAAAUGUGCCCCCUCAGUGACAUUUUAAAGAAAGCGUUUAACGUGAAUGUUACGGUGAAAAAAGAAAUUGUUAUUUAUACGAAGUUUUUUGAAAUACUGAAGCAAUUCUUGAAGGAUCAUGAAGUUGAUGAUCGAUUUGAUUUUUUCGCUAAAUAUUUUGGAUCGCGAAUAAAUUCACAUCCAAAUGCAGACAUCGUAGAUGACGAUGCUGUAAUCAUUUUGGAAAAUCUUAAAUACUCAGGAUACGAAACGGUGGAUCGUAUGAAAGGUUUUGACUAUGAAACGUCAAUUUUAAUACUGAAAACAUUAGCUCUUUUUCACGGUGCUGUUUUGGCAUACAAACUACUGAACCCUGAAAAAUUUAAAACAAUUUUUAUGCCACAUCUUGAUGCUGCGCAGAACAUGGAGGAAAUAUUCCCCGAAGAAAUAAACCGCAAAAUGAUAUCUCAUAUAAUUAAUUCAGUAUCCAAAGAGAACGAAACCGUUAAAGAUCUACUUCCUAAAUUAAAAGAAAUUUUGGAAACGCAAUCCAAAGAAUCAAACCAUCCUCUUCCCCCAAACGAACCGUAUGGUGUAGUAAGUCACAAUGAUCUGUGGGUGAACAACAUCAUGGUAAAAUUUGAUGAAGGCAAGCCAAGCAGUGUUAAGCUUGUCGAUUUUCAAAUUUACUCAUACGCAUCAUUAGCUAGAGACCUAAUUUUUUUCCUUAUGACAAGCAUGGAAUUAAACAUUAUGAAAUCGCAUUACGACGAAUUUAUCAACACGUACCAGCAAACUUUGGUAAAUCUCCUUAGAAAAUUUGGUUGCGAUGUUUCCAAAUUUUCCCUGCAAAAUUUGUACGAAGAAAUUGCAUACGUUAUGAACCAUUCCGAACUCUUCCACGUCUUACUAAUGUUUAAACCGAUAUUUGCGGAGAGGGGGAUGAUUAAAGAUAUGGCUGAGUUCGACAUGGAUAGUUUUACGGAAUAUGAGGGAACCGACCUUUAUAGAAACAGAAUUACAGAAACAAUUGUUUUUGCUAAAAGUAAAGGAUGGUUGUAACUGCAACAAAAAUUAGUCACGCAUUGAACAAAACAUUCUGACACAUCUAUUUACAGUAUUAUUUUUAAGAUGAACAAUAACUGUUAAAUAAUACACAAUACAAUGUCACAUUAGGAAGUGUAGAAACGUUUUAAUAAACCAUAUUUUAUUUAUUCAUA